GUAUCAAAUCUAAGCUGUCACAGUAUAAAACUUUUCAAGGCCAGACACUUAAAAACAGAACCAAAAAUGGAAAUGCGAGAUCGGCUGUACCACUUAAUGGUGAGCCAGAGCAUUUUAUCCCGCACCACUGUGACCGAGAGCAUGGCCAAGUUCGCAAUCCUAAACCUGGACAGUUCCGACUCCGUGGAGAGGACGGUGAUCAAGAUCCUGCUGGUGAUCGAGGACAAGUUUCGCAACUUCUUUGAGUCCUACCAGAAGGAGCUGGGAUUGCAGAGGAUCGCGGCCCAGACCCUCAGCCAGUUGAUCCAGCGCUACAAGAUCACCAUGCAGGUGGACACGAGCUGCAUGUGCCCGCACAUCUACGAGAUCGAGUCGGAGGACGCGAUCAUCAACAAGUACUAUCUGCACCACCAGGUGAUAGUCAGCUCCAACAAGAACCAGAGCUGGGCCGUCCACAGCCUGCGUCCGUAUGUGCUGAUCUUCCGGCGCGAGUGCGCCAAGUUGGAUCUAAAGGAGGAGAGCCCGUUUAUCCUGGGCGACUCCUUCCACAAGCCGAUCCAGUUCUUCAUCGACCUGGUGGAGGAGCUGUUCGCCUACUUCUACAGUGGCCACCUCCAGCUGGACUGCGCCGCUCGUCUGCUGGAUCCCCUGGAUCUGAACAGCCUGGAGUACUACCAGAAGCUGCUGGCUCCCAACGAGGACUUCGACGAGUACUUCCUGCACAACAUGAGCUUCUGCAAGUGCCUGCGGUUGCCGCCCAAGUGUCCGCCGUAUGAGUGCCACAAGCUGAUCAAGGACCAGGCCGAGCCCUAUAUCACCCAGGCAAAGAAAAAACGGUGUGCCAGGCGCUUCGACAAGAUGGCCGGCAACGAGAGGCGGAGGAGCUCGAACCGGGAGAGCACUGGAACGGACCGCAAGGCGUCCAUCUUGAGCAACCAAAGCGGGAGGUCAGCGAGGAGUGUCAGCCAGGAGUCGAAUCAGGAGCUAGAGGCUGAGGACCCAGAGGCCCCCGUUAGCCAGCGUCAUGAACGGGCCCUGACGAAUCAUCUGAUGACGGCUUUCAGUGGUGGCAACAAUGACCCGCUGACCAGGGAAUGAGGGCUAUCUCAGUGCCUCCAGGAAUCGAAUUAGGACCAACUUAACCUGUAGUCAGUCGAUUAAACGAGCGAAGUGCACGUGAUUGCGUUCUCAGUUUCUCGGAAAUGUCUGCGGAAAUGUAGUUAUCCCCUGCCCCUCGGAUAUUUGCUGCACGCAACUUAGAUUUGCUUACUCUACACACACACCUACUUCAAAGAUAUUUUGGUCGUGCCUCUGCAAGUGGUGUGGCAACCAAACUCGAUGCGGAGGUGCUUCCAACCGAGCACAGUCGAUGCUCAAAGAGCCUUAAUUAAAAGCAAACUAAAGUUUUCACUUGAAUCGAGUGGAACACUUCUAAAUUUUUGGAUUUCAAAAUUGUAUUACCAGUUGAAUAUUAAACGCAGUUAAUUGGGCUGUAAUAAGAUUA